AUGAGCAUGCUGCCUCGAUGUAAAUCAAUGGCAAGUCAUGAAGAAGAAGCAGCUAUUAUUACUUCUGAGAUGAAAUCUCCAUCGACACCAUGCUUUACCGACGAAGAUGGCACGGAUGAAGAGGAGGACAGGCAAUUAUUAGCUUCAUAUUCUGCAGGAUCUAAUAAUUGUCUCACGGAUACUGCUUUUCAAGCUGAAGAAAACGGUGGUAUGCAAGAGAAGCGUGUUACAAGAUCUUCAUCUAAGGUACCUGAUUGCUGUGUUGUUGCUCUUCGUCUUUCAAGCAAUGUUAAAGUGUACCUAAUGCGUCAAAAUGCAAACCUGAUUUAG